AUGAGUCGAGUAGAAGACCAGAGCUCCGAGUGCCAGAGAAACCUUACCUGUAAUUCAAACCUCAGUGAUCUACAGAGUUCUCACACUGGAGAAAAUCCAUUCGUUAAAUAUUUGGAAGGUGAUAAAUACUUUUCACAAAGACAUCAUGUUAUUCAAAAUCAAACUGUUCAUACACCACGAAAGACCUUUUCUUGUAGUGAAUGUGAACAAGUGUUUUCACGGAAGGCGUCCCUAAUCAGACACAAGAGGGUUCAUACGGGAGAGAAGCCAUUUAAAUGUUCAUUUUGUGACAAAUGCUUUUCACACAGGACUUCACUGAUUGUUCACCAGAGGAUUCACACGGGAGAAAAGCCAUUUAGGUGUUCAGAAUGUGACAAAUGCUUCCCAUAUAAGUCAUCACUAACCUGUCACCAGAGGACUCACACCGGGGAGAAACCAUUCAGAUGUUCAGAAUGUGGCAAGUGCUUCUCGCAGAGAAAUGCUCUUAUCCAACACCACAGGAUCCAUACGCAAGAGAAACCAUUUUCCUGCUCUGACUGUGAACAAGUGUUUUCAUAUAAGGAAUCUCUAAUCGCUCACCAGAGGACUCACACAGGGGGAGAAGCCAUUUAG